AUCAUUGUCUAAAUAUUCUCGGUUCAUUCAAUCGCUCGGGGUUCGAUCAAAAUAAAUUUUGGAGAACACCUUCCCAUCGGUGCUUUUGGUUUUUGUGCUUUCCUGAAGGGUGCGUUUGUGUUCGGCGCCGGUGUAACGUCGCCGGUUUACGUCGUUUUCGUUCACCGUUUAUUUCCUAACCUCAUUCGUUCCAAUGUUUUUUUACGGUUGUACAUAAAAGUAGAGUCAGUUUUCCAAUAAAAGCAUUAUUAAAAUGCCACCGAAAAAGGCUGCUGGAGCCAAGGCUGGAAAGGCAAAAAGCGGCGGUGAUGAUGAAAAAGCAAAGGGUGAGAAAAAGGGAGGAUCGUCCGUUAAGGUUAGACAUAUAUUGUGUGAAAAGCAGUCGAAAAUUCUUGAAGCAAUGGAAAAGUUGAAAGCUGGCCAAAAAUUUAAUGAAAUUGCAGCGACUUACAGCAAGGAUAAAGCUCGAUCUGGGGGAGAUCUCGGCUGGAUGACUCGAGGUUCGAUGGUUGGACCGUUUCAGGAAGCAGCCUUUGCCCUUCCUAUUUCCAGUCUUGGCAAUCCCAUCUAUACUGAUCCUCCUGUCAAAACGAAGUUUGGUUACCACAUCAUCAUGGUAGAGGGAAGUUACUCCAAGUGAAAACUAUACUCUCUAGGAACAAAAAAUUUCUGCACAAGUAAAAAAUGUGCUGAAAUAUUGAACAAACAAUACAAAUGCAAAGGAAUUGACAAAGUAAAACGAGGGAAGAAGAAGACACAAAGUCUGUAUUUUAUUUCAACGUACAAGUAUAGGUUAAUAAAAUAAUUGUGGCUAAACAA